CCCAUACAUUACAUGCUGAGUCUUUAUAAUUGAAACUUCACCCAAAACCCUAGUUUCUACAUCUCUAUUCCUUUCAUCUCUCUCUGCUUCAGCAGUCGCAGAAACCUCAUAGCCGAAAAUGCCUUUCAAGAGGUACAUCGAGAUUGGAAGGGUUGCUCAGAUCAACUAUGGCAAAGAAUAUGGGAGGCUUGUUGUUAUCGUUGAUGUCAUUGACCAGAACAGGGCUCUUGUUGAUGCCCCUGAUAUGGUGAGAUCCCAAGUGAAUUUCAAGAGGCUCUCACUCACUGACAUCAAGAUUGAUAUUAAGAGGGUCCCCAAGAAGAAGGAUCUUAUUCAAGCCAUGGAGGCUGCUGAUGUUAAGAACAAGUGGGAGAAAAGCUCAUGGGGAAGGAAACUGAUUGUGCAGAAGAGAAGGGCAGCCCUCAAUGAUUUUGACAGGUUCAAGAUAAUGUUGGCAAAGAUCAAGAAGGCAUCUGUUGUUAGGCAAGAGCUUGCUAAGCUGAAGAAGACCGCAUCUUAAGCAUAAUUUCAUGUUUAUUUUUCAAAUUUUGUUAUGAAUUUCUUUCAAUUAGUACACCUUGGUUGUUAUGAUGAGUUUCUAUGUAUCAUUGAGAGACUUCCUAGAAAGGUUUAUUUUGAAUUAUUCCGUGUUAGUGAUUUAAAGUCA